CAGUGGAGCUCCAGCAUCCUUGCCGAAGACACCGAGGCGACAGAGCCAUUUUGACCGUCUUCGGUGUGAAAAGGCGGCCGAACAACCACCUUCCCCCUUCCUCCCUGCGACCCCACUGGCGAGGCAGGGCACAGGGCGGUGGGUGGGUACAAGACUCCGUCGGCGGUGUAACGUCAACUCCCUCCCGUUUUAAUGAAGAGGAGAGGCUGCUAGCAGGGGCAGUGCCAGACCUGGAGACCAGAGGGGGCGGAAGGAUCUGCGGAGCCGGGUAUUCAGACAGGCGAGGACGACAAAGUCGGUCUCUACACGGGAGCAGAACGUUAUUGGCACUGCAGAAGCCUGCAGGCCCUACACGUGGGCACUAAAGAAGGCACCCCAAGGUGCUAGGAAGACGGCACCAUGGCAGGAGCCUCUGUGAAGGUGGCGGUGCGUGUCCGCCCCUUCAAUUCAAGGGAGACCGAGAAAGAAAGCAAAUGCAUCAUUCAGAUGUCUGGAAACACCACCACCAUCAUCAACCCCAAGCAGGCCAAAGACAACAAGAGCUUCAACUUUGAUUACUCCUACUGGUCCCACACUUCGCCAGAGGAUGUCAAUUAUGCCUCUCAGAUGCAAGUAUACAAAGACAUUGGAGAGGAAAUGCUGCUGCACGCCUUCGAGGGCUACAAUGUCUGCAUCUUUGCUUAUGGCCAGACAGGCGCUGGCAAGUCCUACACCAUGAUGGGGAAGCAGGAUGUCAAGGAUCAACAAGGAAUAAUUCCCCUGCUAUGUGAAGAUCUUUUCACCAAGAUCAGUGACAAUACAGACAACAGCAUGUCCUAUUCUGUGGAGGUAAGCUACAUGGAAAUCUACUGUGAACGUGUGCGGGACUUGCUGAACCCAAAAAACAAGGGACACCUGCGUGUGCGAGAGCACCCCCUUAUGGGGCCUUAUGUGGAGGACCUGUCUAAGCUGGCUGUCACCUCCUACAAUGACAUCCAGGACCUGAUGGACUCUGGCAACAAGGCCAGGACUGUCGCUGCCACCAACAUGAAUGAGACAAGCAGUCGCUCGCAUGCUGUCUUCAGCAUCAUAUUCACUCAGAAACGCCACGACACUGACACAGAGAACACCUCGGAGAAGGUCAGCAAAAUAAGUUUGGUGGAUUUGGCCGGCAGUGAGAGGGCAGAUUCCACUGGAGCCAAAGGGACCAGACUUAAGGAAGGAGCGAACAUCAACAAAUCUCUGACCACACUGGGGAAAGUCAUCUCUGCUUUGGCAGAAGUGGACUCUGGACCAAAUAAGAAUAAAAAGAAGAAGAAAGCGGAAAGCUUCAUCCCCUACAGAGAUUCAGUCUUGACCUGGUUACUGAGAGAAAAUCUGGGGGGGAAUUCUCGUACUGCGAUGGUAGCUGCCCUCAGUCCAGCUGACAUCAACUAUGAUGAGACCCUCAGUACACUCAGAUACGCAGAUCGCGCCAAACAGAUUCGCUGUAACGCUGUCAUCAAUGAGGAUCCCAACAACAGAUUGGUGCGGGAGCUGAAGGAGGAGGUGUCUCGUCUGAAGGAUCUGCUCUAUGCCCAGGGCCUGGGUGACAUCAUUGAGACAUAUCGGGUAUCUGGUGCUGAGAUAGAGGGUUUGCCAUACCUAUCCGAUUACAAGAACAAUAACAAUAAAGACCAAGCUGUGAAUCAAAGGGAUGAUCUCUCCACAGUGACCAAUGCCAUGACAGGGAUGAGUCCCUCUCCGUCUCUCUCUGCCUUGACCAGCCGUGCUGGAUCCAUCGCCAGCCUGCACGACCGCAUUCUGUUCAGCCCAGGCAGUGAGGAGGCCAUCGAGCGGCUGAAGGAAACAGAGAAAAUCAUUGCUGAACUCAAUGAGACUUGGGAAGAAAAACUUCGGCGAACAGAAGCCAUUAGAAUGGAAAGAGAGGCUUUGCUGGCAGAAAUGGGUGUAGCAAUAAGAGAAGAUGGUGGGACAGUUGGUGUGUUCUCCCCUAAGAAGACGCCUCAUUUAGUGAACCUCAAUGAGGAUCCUCUGAUGUCUGAGUGCCUGCUGUACUACAUUAAGGAUGGGAUCACCAGGGUCGGUCGUUUGGAUGCCAGUAGCCGUCAGGACAUAGUCCUCAGUGGCCAUUUCAUCAAGGACGAGCACUGUACCUUUACCAGUUCUGCUGGUCCAGUGGGAGAAAUACUGGUUGUUCUAGAGCCAUGUGAAGGAGCUGAGACUUAUGUCAAUGGAAAGAGAGUGACAGAGCCCACCGUCCUCAAAUCAGGAAAUCGCAUCAUCCUGGGGAAGAGCCACGUGUUCCGCUUCAACCACCCUGUGCAGGCCAGGGCUGAGAGGGAGAGGACCCCCUGUGCUGAAACACCUGUUGAGCCUGUGGACUGGGCCUUUGCCCAGCGGGAGCUGCUGGAGAAACAGGGCAUUGACAUGAAACAGGAAAUGGAGCAGAGGCUGCAGGAGUUGGAAGACCAGUAUCGCAAAGAAAGAGAAGAGGCCAACAACCUUCUGGAGCAGCAAAGACUGGAUUAUGAGAGUAAGCUGGAGGCUCUUCAGAAGCAAGUGGACCGUUAUUACCCAGAAGCCCUCGAAGAAGAAGAGGAGCCAGAAGAAGAAGUGCAAUGGACAGAGAGGGAGAGAGAGCUAGCCGUGUGGAGCUUUCGAAAGUGGAGGUUCUACCAGUUUACUUCUCUGCGUGACUUGUUAUGGGGAAAUGCCAUUUUCCUCAAGGAGGCCAAUGCCAUCAGUGUGGAACUCAAGAAGAAGGUCCAGUUCCAGUUUGUGCUGCUGACAGAUACUCUCUACUCCCCCCUGCCACCAGACCUGUUGCCCCCAGAGGCAACUAAAGACAGAGAAAAGCAUCAUUUCCCACGCACCAUUGUGGCUGUGGAGGUGCAGGAUCAGAAAAAUGGAGCCACUCACUACUGGACAUUGGAAAAACUAAGGCAGAGGCUCGAUCUCAUGAGAGAGAUGUAUGACCGUGCUGCUGAUGUGCCCAACACCACCAGUGAGGACUGUGAAAGUGCGAUGACAGGAGGCGACCCCUUUUAUGACCGCUUCCCCUGGUUUCGUCUGGUUGGCAGAAAUCCCAUUUUCAACACAUGCAUGAGCGAGCGCAUGAGUGACCCUACCCCAUCCCCGACCCUCUCCAACUCUGAAAUUACUGAACUGGCUGACUCGCAGCGGGAGGGUCGAGGGGAGGAGGACUUGGAGGAAUUGGAGGACCUGGAUGAUGAUAUCUUUUUGGACGACCCAUGCUCGGAGCUUGGGGGAGAGGAUAAUGAUGAUGAUGAUGAUGAUGAUGAUGAUGAUGAUGAGGGAGAGCUCUGCCGAGGCUCCAGCGAAGGCCAGGAUCCCUUUUACGACCGCUCACCAUUAUUCAGUGUAGUGGGAAGGGCUUUUGUUUAUCUGAGUAACCUACUGUACCCGGUUCCUCUUGUCCACCGCGUGGCCAUCGUCAGUGAGAAGGGAGAAGUGAAGGGCUUCCUUCGAGUGGCAGUGCAGGCCAUAUCAGCUGAUGAGGAAGCUCCCGACUACGGCUCAGGAGUGAGGCAGUCAGGCACAGCCAAAAUCUCAUUUGAGGAUCAGCAAUAUGAAAAGUUCCAGUCAGAGUCCUGCUCUGUUGGACUGUCCCGCAUAGGGAUUUCCCAGGAGGAGCUUCGUAUUGUGGAGGGGGAGGGGCAGAACGCAGAAAUGGGACCCUCAGCUGAUGAGGUCAACAACAACACUUGUGCAGGUACUGGUGCAGACGAGCAGGAGAGUCUGUUAAAGGCCAGUCUGGAUGGCCCGCUGGAUGCUCUGGAGCACCUCAGGAUUGGUAGUGUGUUUACCUUCAGGGUGACUGUCCUGCAGGCCUCCAGCAUCUCUGCAGAAUACGCUGACAUCUUCUGCCAGUUCAAUUUCAUCCACCGCCACGAUGAGGCCUUCUCCACUGAACCCCUAAAAAACACAGGCCGUGGGCCUCCUCUAGGCUUCUACCAUGUGCAGAAUAUUGCUGUUGAAGUUACUAAAUCCUUUGUUGAUUACAUCAAGACUCAGCCAAUUGUGUUUGAGGUGUUUGGGCACUACCAGAAACAGCCUUUUCUUCUUUUCUGUAAAGAUGUCAUCAGUCCACUGCGACCCUGCAGAAAACAGUUCCCACGAGUGAUGCCUCUGUCCAAACCAGUACCUGCCACCAAGCUGACAGCCAUGACCCGCCCGCAGGCUGGACCCUGCCAAUGUAAAUACGAUCUCAUGGUGUUCUUUGAGAUCUGUGAGCUGGAGGCCAAUGGAGACUACAUCCCUGCAGUGGUUGACCACAGAGGAGGAAUGCCUUGCCAUGGCACAUUCCUACUGCACCAGGGCCUCCAGAGGAGAAUCGCUGUUACUAUUGUACAUGAAUCAGGAGGUGACAUUGAAUGGAAAGAAGUCCGUGAGCUUGUCGUGGGACGCCUUCGCAGCACCCCUGAAGCUGAUGAGACCAUCAUUGACCCCAAUAUUCUCUCUCUCAACAUCUUGGCUGCCGGGUAUGUCGGGCCCAUGCAAGAUGACCGACAGUUUCUUGAUUCGGACAUGCCUAGCAUUUCCUUGGGAGUUGACCAUAGGACCUUCUACCGGUUUGAGGCCGCUUGGGAUAGCUCCAUGCACAAUUCUUUGCUUCUAAAUCGAGUCACUCCACAUGGGGAAAAAAUCUACAUGACCCUCUCAGCCUAUCUGGAGAUGGAAAACUGCACCCAGCCUGCAGUCAUAACCAAAGAUAUCUGCAUGGUGUUUUACUCUCGGGACACAAAGCUCUCAGCCUCCCGCUCUAUUCGCAACCUUUUUGGUACUGGAAGCCUGAGAGCAGCAGAUGGAAACCGUGUAACCGGAGUUUAUGAAGUCAGCUUAUGUAACCUGGCAGAUGCUGGAAGCCCAGGUAUGCAGAGGAGACGCAGGCGGGUGCUGGACACCUCAGUGGCCUACGUCCGUGGGGAAGAGAACCUGGCUGGGUGGAGGCCCCGCAGUGACAGCCUCAUUCUGGACCACCAAUGGGAACUGGAGAAACUCAGCCUCCUUCAAGAUGUAGAGAAGACCAAGCAUUAUCUCUUGUUGAGGGAGAAACUGGAGUCCACCCUACUCAUGGGUGAGGAGUUCCUGCAGUCCUGUGUCACAGAGGAGCUGAGUGAGUCUCCUCAGCCCCCUGAGGUGGACCAGGAGGCCAGCUCCAGCACUGAAAUCACUACUGAGAGGCAGAGGGAGCUUGCUACCAAGUGUUUGCGGCUGCUCACUCACUCCUUUAACAGAGAAUACAGCCAUGUGUGUGUCAGCGCAAGUGAAAGCAAGAUCUCAGAGAUGUCUGUCACAACACUAAGAGACUCCACUUCGAUCUCUGCUCUCAACACAAUCGCACCCUCCUCAACAUGCCCUUCACUAAUUGAGGGUUUCUAUGACAAUGCUGAACUCAGACCACCUACACCUCGCUCUUGUGCUGUCAGCCCCAGCCCUGACACACAACAAAACCUCGAACCCAUAAAUAUGUCCCUGAUAUCCAAGAGAUUAGAGUCAGCCCCAUUGUGUCAAAGAAGGGUUAUAUACAUUUCUUGGAGCCACACACCAACGGGUGGGUGAAGCGCUAUGUCGUUGUGCGGCGGCCAUACGUCUAUAUCUACAACACAGAAAGAGACGCUGUGGAGCGAGCUAUUCUCAAUCUCUCCUCAGCCCAGGUGGAG